AUGAGAAACAACAACAACAACAAUCAUCAGUUUCAACAACGAGGAGGUAAUAACAACAACGCAUAUAAUAAUAAUAACGGUGGUGGAAAUAAUGGUGCGAGAAAUAAUGGCGGCGUUAAGAUAUUAAACGUGGCCGAGAAACCAUCCGUGGCGAAAGAAGUCUCCAGAGUUUUAUGCGGUGGACGAGGGUGUCAAAGCAGACAAGGCGCUUCGAAAUUCAACAGAAUUUUCGAAUUCAUCAACCCGUUUCCUAUUAACAACGCGAGAAACGCUCAGAUGAAAUUCACCUCCGUCACCGGGCAUUUAAUGAAUUACGAUUUCACCGAACACGAGUACAAGUCUUGGGAACACUCGGACGCGAGAGACUUGUUCGGGAGAGCGAGGAUUGCAAAGUUAGUGCCAGACGAUAAAAAAGAAGUCAAAGUGAACUUGGAAAGAGAGGCGCGAACGAGCGAGUGGUUGAUUUUAUGGCUCGAUUGCGAUCGAGAGGGGGAAAAUAUCGCCAUGGAAGUCGUGGACGUGUGUUUAAACGCAAACAGACGGUUGAAAGUGUUUCGAGCGAGGUUUUCAGCGUUGAGUUAUCAAGACGUUUCGAGAGCGCUGAUGAACUUGCAAAGACCGGACGAGGCGGCGUCGAUCGCGGUGGACGCGAGGCAGGAGUUGGAUUUACGGUUGGGCGCGGCGUUUACGAGGUUUAAUACGCUUUGCGUGAAGAGGAACGGGGUUUUGGCGUUGUUAGGCGAAAACGGCGGUGGAGGAGGAGAAAGAGGAGGUGGAAGAGGGAACGACAGGGAUAAUAAAACCGUCAUCAGUUACGGCCCGUGUCAAUUUCCAACGCUCGGGUUUAUCGUGCAAAGAAAGUGGGACGUGGACGCACACGUUCCCGAAAAGUUUUGGACGAUUUCGAUCGGGUAUCAAAUGGUAGAAGGUGGACAACAACAACAACAACAACAACAACAACAGAGACAACAACGACAGCGACGAGGCGGUGGUGGAGGGGGCGGUAGAGUCGUCGAAUUUCGAUGGAAUCGUCAGCGCGUGUUUGACGAACAUCUCGCGAACUCUUUGUUCGAGAGAGUUCAAAACGCACCACACGCGACCGUGUUAUCUACUCGCGGUCAAGAGAUUAAGAAAUGGCCGCCACACCCGUUGAACACGUUGGAGAUGCAAAAACGAGUGAACAGAGUCUUGCGCAUCGCUCCGGAAAAAAUCAUGAAGGUCGCGGAAGAAUUGUAUCAAAAAGGUUUCAUCUCGUACCCGAGAACUGAAACCGAUCGAUUCCCGGACUCGUUUAAUUUCCUGGAAAAUAUCGCUUUAUUUUAUAAUCACGACACGUUUGGUCCUUACGCGCGCGAAUUAGUCGAGCGCGAUGGGUUUCGCAAACCGCCGGGCGGGCACAGAGAUGAUAAAGCGCACCCUCCGAUUUACCCCGCGAAACUAGCCACGGCGCACGAAUACAACGGCUGGAAACGCGAGAAUCAGCAAGUGUACGACUUUGUAUUGAGACACUUCUUAGCAACCUGUUCGAAACCGGCGGUUGGGUAUAAAACCACCGUCGAAGUUGAUUGCGCCGGCGAGGGAUUCAAAGCGAACGGGCUGAUGAUUGCCGACCGAGCGUAUUUACGGAUAUACGGCCCAGGUCCGAUAUUCCCACCGGACGGGCCUCGAUUAAAUCCUUAUUUCGAUAACUGGACCGCCCAAGAAGAGCUUCCAACGUUUGAAGACGGCGAGCGGUUCCAGCCGUCGCACAGAAACCUCCGCGACUCGGAAACGGUGAAACCACAAAUGCUUUCCGAAGUCGACUUGUUGACGUUGAUGGAAAAGAAUGGCAUUGGCACCGACGCCACGCAAGCGCAACACAUAGAUAAGGUUGUCGGCGAACGCGGAUACGCGAAAAAAGUUGGCGAAAACCGUUUAGUUCCAACCAACAUCGGUGAAGCACUCGUCGCCGGGUACGAUUCUUUACAGCUCGGAUUCAUGUGGCAACCGACCAAACGCGCCGAAAUGGAAAAAGACGUCGAUAACGUCCACAGAGGCUCCAUAACGAAAGAAGACGCCAUACGAAAAAACAUCGAACCGAUGCUCCGAGCUUUCGCCAAGUGCGAAAGCAACGAACAAGAUUUAAUACGAAUCGUCAAACGGUUCGUCGAGCGCGGAAGGAACGUCAACGUCGAACAACGGUACGGCGGUCCCGAGAGAGAAAGAGACUUCUUCGAAGACGAAGAAGAAGACGAAGGAGCGUUUGACGAUGCGUAA